CCCCGAACCGCGCGCGCGUCCGCUCGCACCCGCUGUGACAUGUGACCCGCCCGAUCCGACCCAUCAAUGGAUUCCACUAGGUGACCGCUCCGACGCGUCUACCCUCCAACUAUCAAAGUGUGCCCCAGUUGAACGGAUGCGGUGGAGCGGCGACGCGGUGGCGCCGGUGAGAGCGCGCGCGCGACGCUAGACGAUGGGCCGCGCUAGGUGAGCGGGGCGCGGCGGCGGUGCAUGUACGCGGCGGCGGGCGGCGCGUCGCUAGCGGGCCGCAAGGCGCGCCAGCACGGCCGCCAGCCCGCGCCGCAGAGCCCGCACCCGCACAGCCCCCCCCACCCCGCGCCGACCGGCGUCCGCGCAUUCUCGUGCCAGCACUGGGAGUCGCGCCUCUCCGCGCCCCCGCCGCGACCGCUCUCCGCCCUCGUCUCCGAGCCACACUCGCCAUGCGACCUCGUCGAGUGCACAGCCGGGCGCACGGCGUGGCAGGAGGCGGCGGCGUUGUCAGUGGGCGGCGGCGGCGCGGGCGCUGGCGGCGCGGCACGGCGCUGCUCUGUGCUCGGAGACCACCCCGGCGCGCGGCGGGACCCGCGCAAGUGGCACAGAAACAAUCGGGUGCGAGACGCUUCUUACGGGUCAUCAUCCGAGUCAGACGGCGAGGCGGAGGGCGCGGCGGGCGAGCCCUGGGGAGUGGCCCGACUGUUGUACGCCGGGCUGGGCAUCCUGGCGCUGGGGCUGGUCGUCUACUUCGUCGGCACCGGCGACAAGGUAUAUAAUGGUUUCAAGACUCCAGCGCUGCGACUGGUGGGCCCGUCUCUUAUCAUCACUGGGCUCGCGUGCUGUCUAUUGCGCAUUAUGUUCUGUAUAUUUGCGAAGCCAUGCUGCCGACGGCGGACCAAUUACAAGGAGAGCAGAAGACUGUCCGGGUGCGGGGAAGGCGAAGAGAUGCCUCUGGCCCGCGGUGGGGGCGGUCCCCGCGUGGGUCCCGCUCAGUGCUCGCCCGCGCGCCGCCUCGAGUCCUCCUCGUGCGACGUGUCAAGCCUCUCCAGCGGCGAGGAGGACGAGCGCCUGCGUCGGUACCGCACCACCCCCGCGCCCAACCACCUGCACAUACCGUCGAUGCCAGCCCAACAGGCCUUACAGAGUGCACAGCAGAAUACAGAAGGAGUGCAGGCUCAGGCCAGACCACAGGCGUUGCGGCAAAGCUCUUCCCAGCCGAGCGCACCGCGGCAAAACGCGUCAACGAGCGCUGUUCGGCAGAGCUCAUCACAACCGACCGCUAUACAGCCGAGCGCGUCUCAAACGAGCACAGUUCUGCCGAACGCAUCUCAAACGAGCACAGUUCUUCCGAACGCGUCUCAAACGAACGCAGUUCUGCCGAACGCGUCCCAAACGAGCGCAGUUCUGCCAAACGCGUCUCAAACAAGCGCAGUUCUACCGAGUGCGUCUCAAACGAGCGCACUACAAACAGUUCUGCCGAGCGGGUCUCAACAAAGCGCUCUCCAACCGAACGGGUCCCAGCAGAGCGCAUUCCACCAACCAGGCUCGCGGAGACCUCCACCGCGAAACGUCUCCUUCGCCGGCGGGCCCGAUGGCGAACUCGUCCUCAGUCCCGCCCAACUGCGCUCUUAAACAUACAAGCAAUAAAGGUUGUCGCAAUACCCCCUUUUUAUACUCGCCGAACGAACAAUCGAGACUUUUGGUGAACGGAACGACUUAUUUAUGUGAUAGCGUGACUCUGACCGUUUUCAGUGAUUUUUUCUAUUCGAUAUAGGCUACGAUCGUUUCCUUUGCACGUUUGAAUAUUCUCGCAAGCUAAAUAUCGAUAUUCGUAUCUAAUUUUAAGGAUAUUUUGCUAGUUUCAUUACUGUGAGGCUAAUUAAAUUAUUAAUUAUACUUACUACGCGUACCUGCUGAAUAUUGUGUGUGUGACCAAACGUUUGAUAGUGAUACGACUGAAGAUAAACUUACUAAAGCACAGUGAUUUGAUAGUUUGAUAAGUCUAACUAAAUCUUUGAAAUCUCAGUGAAAUUAUUGGAUUUGGAUUGCGUCAAAUGUUUCGUUACACACUGUAUGAUAAAUCAGUUGACGUCAGAAUCGCUUCUAAGGAUUAUUGGCCACGAGGCUGGAAUUUGACGAACCGACUGUACUUAAUAAAAGAACGUAGACAUUUAUGAACGCUUUAAUAAAUGUCGGCGAGCGAUUUGGCGCUGUCAAUUUAAGUGAGACGAUUUUUUAUAUAGUUAAGUCUAUGGGUUGAGCAUUAAUUUAGUGAAAUUUUUAUUAAUAUAAAAUCUAAAAAGGUCUGUUGUGAUAGCUGAAUUCCAACCACCUCAGAGACAAAGAAAUAAAUAAACCAACGAAACUAUUGUGUCGCAGAAACACUGUAACUAGGGAUAGGAAAAUAUUGGCCAACCGCAUUUCACGAGAGAAUGUGACACUUACUUUAAGUUAUAUAGCUGGUAAAUAAGUGUUAGACGCGAUGUAACCUCACGACAUCUCAUAGGAUCGACAUUUAGAGCACUUGCGAAGCCUUGUUAUAGUCAAUCCAGUUUCAGACAUCUCUGAAGGCCCAUAAUUUCGAAAACUUAUUACAAUCUUAUCUACUACCUUAUCUUUCUCCCUAGUUUAUUUUACACCCAAACAUAGACUCGCCUGAAUCCGAUAGAUGGCAGCUCGCCAGAAGCAAACUCGUCAACGGCUUAUGUUACGCGUAAUAUGCGCGAUUCUAAUGUCAGAUUGUUUGAAAACAGUCAAUGUGUGCGUGUGUAGUGACAAGCGUAUCUACCAUAAGUAGUAGAUAUUUUUGGACCGCUUCCAUGCAGUUAAUGCAACAUCUAGCCGUGUUUAUAAUGAAAUAUCUACCUAUAGUAAAUAAAACAAAAUCGUCUAAUUUAAAAAGGUUGGCAAGAAAUUUUUUUGGACAACUCGGCUUGAGAUUUAUUAUGCCAUAUAAAUGCUCAUGACAUAGACUUAUCUAUUGGCUUCGACAUCUCCUUAUUUUACCGUAGAAUUCGUAUCGUGAAAAGUAAAGCGUUCAUUCUAACUGUGUAGCGAUUUAAUACUGAAUGUGCUAGUUCCAUCCAUAUUAAAGCCAAUGUAGGGUUACGUCUGCCGUAUGAGGUGUGAUUCCAUGCUGAUUUAUUAUCCGCAUUUUUUAAUUAUAAAUACCUAGUUACAUCAACAUAAAUCAUAUUCACAAUAACCUCGGUCCCGUUAGAACUUUAGUUUUUGUUUCUUAGGUUUUCACGCACAUCACUCAUUAAAUAAAACUAGUUUUAACGUCUUUCGAAGGUAGCUCGACAAAGUAAAUAAAAAAUCAUUAUUCUGACGAUGCAGACCUGAAAAGGC